AUGACUUUCCCGCUGGGAGAGGUUGGAGAGAGAAAAGAACGCGAGAGAGGAGGAGCCCGCGCCCGGCCCCGCGCACCUCGCACCUCCCGCUCAGGUUCCGAGUCCUCGUCGGCCUCGCGCUCCCGCUUCACCCGCACCACCGGGACUACCGGCGUCGGGGCCUCGCGCGCGCUCGCCGGCUCGACCUCCCGCUUCACGCGCACUGGGCUGCUCCGGAAGCUCGGCCCGAGCUGCUUCGCGACUCGGACUCGCGCUUCCCGCGGGUGGAACCGCGAGAAUCCCGCUUGGACCGGCUGGACAUCGCCACUACCGGCCGAGUCGCCGGGCGCAGCCUCCAGACAAGACCGAGCGCGCGGCAAGCAGCCAAUAAGAAGCGGCGCUGUUAUGGAGGCCAAGGAUCUCUACGAGUCGCCGACGGGGACAAAUCACGCCGCAGAGAACUUCAAGGAAGUACUGCCUUUUGUGGUUUCUUUGCUGCUGCGUGCGCACCGGGGACCGAAGCUGUCGUUGGAUCCCCGGUGUCUUCAAGACACUUUGUGUCCCGAAACCACAAUUGGGAGGUCGUCUCCAGUCUCCGCGCCUCAAAGAUCAACACCCCUGCACAGAACCAGGCGACAUUCCCAAGUCAUACCCUUCUUGCAGCAACCUGGCGACUCUAAUUCCACAUUUAGAGGAAUCACAGAAAAAUGCGAAUGACGAGCAGAGAGAAACUAGAGAGUGGAGCCAAUAUAGCCGAAGCUUCAGGACCUUUGACUUUCAUGACCCCUUCCACAACCCUAAACUACUUUACAGUUCUACUAAGGUGUGAUUGAUAUACAAUAAAAAGCGCGUUUAAAGUGUUCA